CGAGUACUUCGGAGACCUUUCUAGAUGGUGAACGAACAGUCGUGUUGUUUCGAAGGCUUUGGCUGAAGGACUAUAUAUACGGGCGACAAUGGCUGGGAGAUCAGUUUAUCAAGAUCCGUACAGUCAGACAUUUCAUAGGAACGAACCUCUACCGACGGGUUGGGAAAUGUUAUACGACAAGACAACAGGAUGGCCAUAUUUUGUGGAUCAUAACACACAUCAAACGACUUGGCAAGACCCAAGGCUACGGAUGGCUCAUUCAAUGGGUUAUCCUCAACAAGAUUUUGGAAUGGGUCGUGGUCACCAGCAAAGCUUCUACCCUCAGGGGAAGGCAGUGGAAAUUCCAGUCAUUCAUGAAUCUUCUAGAGCGUCACCUAACAGGCAGGCGCCUCUGCAUACCAGUACAUGGCCACCUCAGCCUCAACCUCAGCCACAGCCUCAGCCUCACCAGGCAUACCCCCAGGGGCGUGCAACUCCACCCUCCCAACAAAGUCACCCCAUGCAACAAACCCAAGGAAGGAAUUCCCCAGGCAUGAGAGAAAUACCUGUUCAGCAUUUGAGUAUCAGUGAAAACCGACCACAGGUACAGCCAAGUCAUGGACAUGGUCAAGGAUAUCCACCGCCACCUCAGGGCCACCAACAGCCAAUGCCAGGCCACCCUCAGCCUCAGCCUCAGCCUGGAUAUCCCCACCCACAGGGACACCAACCCCAGGCUUACCCACAACCCCAGGGAUAUCCUCCUCAAGGGAUGCACCAACCAAGUCAGCAACAAGCUCCACCCCGCCGUGACACUAAUGAACCUAUUGUCAUACCAAUUAUCCACGAAAACUCAAAGCCAGGAGCUCAAAACCAAUCCAGUCAGCAAAUGCCUCAGCCAAACACCCAGUCUCAUUUUUCAAGUGGUCCAUCAUUGAAUGAGCAUGCUCAGAAGUCUUUCAGCCCCCAGCAACCAAUGGGUGGUCAGCAGCAACCCCCAUCAGCUCCUCCGCAGCAAAAGUCUGAGGAAGAAAAAGCUUUCGAUAUUAUUAAUGGCGUUGUGAAUGAUGUGAAAAAUCUCGAAGCAAGUGUGAACGUGUUUCAGGGGAAGAAAACUGACAAGGAGUACAAAUACUUAGAAGAGAUGCUGACUCGGAGCCUCCUGAAACUUGACGGGGUUCAAGCUGGGGGUCAGGACAGGAUCAGAGAUUCACGAAGGCAGGCAGUCAAACUUAUCAAUGCCGCCUUGGACCUUCUCGAACUCAAAGCUUGUGCCAGUGAACAAAAUGUUGAACACUAUGACGAUCACCAUUCAGGAGCCCAAGAACCUACAGGGGGCAGUGGUAGUACUUAUGAACAGUCCAGCUCAAUGCCUCCCCACUUGCCUGAACAGUCAGGCCCGGCUGGGGGCUUCACUAGCGAAGCUCUUUCUAAAGAGAAGAAACCUGGAGAGAAGGACCCCAGCCAUGUGAGAGAGAUGUUACUAGAGAGUGAAGUUUCUUGUUAAAUUGUUUGACUGUUAGUGUUCAAUUAUAGAUGCACAGUCUUCUAAUGCCAUUAUUUUUAUGCCACUCUUGUAUUUAACUUAUUAAUGAUCUGUGUUAAUGAUGAAUAAAUAAUUAUUUAUUGGAAGGUUA